UAAUGAAAAAAGAUUCUUCCACCAAAAGGCCAUAUGAAAAAGUUUCAAAAAUAAAGAGAUAGAACCUUGUAAAGCUAGUGUUCCAUCAGGGAAUCAAAAUAAAGCAUGUAAUAUAUAAUUCUUAAUUUAGGCCGCUAAACACCUUAAAAUUAACUAUGCCGCAGCAAAAACUGUCAUUAGUCAACAUAGAUGCAAUGUUAUUCUAUAGAAUGUACAAUACAAGUCCAACCAGAGAUGUGGAUUCACCAAAAUAAAUAAUAUUAACAGAUCAUUCAGCUUAAUAUCAAAAUUAGCUGGGGAAAUCAUAAAAGCUACUGACCAUACGAUACAAGAGUUAAAGAAGGUUUGAA